AUGACGCAAGAAACAGCUUCCAUCAUCGAGGCAACCGUGCUUAUUUUCAUCUGUACAACUUCUAUUCUGGGGAAUAUAAGUUUGUUUUUUGUCUUCACCAGAAGAAAAAUUCUUCGCACCAUCUCCAAUGGUUUUCUUCUCAACCUGGCAUUUGCUGAUUUACUCGUGUCCAUGUUAAACAUGCCUAUAACUGUGGUCACUAUCAUCAAAGAACGUUGGAUUUUUGGAGAUACUGCCUGCGUUUUCUUUGGAUUCAUCACGAUGCUUUCGUUUGUUUCAUCGGUGAUGUCGCUUGCCAUGAUAGCCAUUAACAGAUACUAUUACGUAGUGCAGUGGAAGACAUACUCCAUCACGUUCACAACGAAGAAGUCGGCUUUGUUUGCCGCAGUCGUGUGGUUAAUAUCUGUGUUAUUAUCCGUCCCACCGUUGUUUGGCUGGGCGGAAUAUCGUUAUAUUCCCGGGAAAUCUUACUGCUUCGUUUUCUGGCCUUCUGAUGUUUAUUACAUGUAUUUUAUGUUAACGAUAUGCUUUUUCGGUCCUUUAAUUGCCAUGUGUGUAUCUUACUUUAAAAUUUUAAAAUUCACAAGGGAAGCAAAACGAAGGGUUAAUCACUGGCAAUUAAAUUUAAUACAGCCACCACAUGAAAUACAAACAUGUAGAGAAAAUGGUAUUGCUCCUCAUGAAAAGCGUAGAAAUUUCUUCAAAAUGACUCAAGAAGAAGUUAAAAUCACAAACACUUUGCUAAUAGUGGUGGCCUGUUUUAUGGCUUGUUGGGCACCAUUUGCCAUCACAAUGUUUAUUGAUGUUUAUCACCCUCGCCCAUUGCCAAGAGCAAUUGACAUCGGCACACUGCUGCUUGGGUACGCGAACAGUAUGUGCAACCCUGUUGUGUAUGGAAUAAGGAAUCAAGCUUUCAGAAGAGAGCUUAUUAAGCUUGUCACGGGCUGUAAUUGUGCACGUUUCCGUGUAACUAAAGUGGUGAACGUGAACAAUUUUCAAGUCAGUCCCAUGAUGGCUUGCCAGAUGAAUGCGGUACAAGCGCCAGUAAUGCUUGAGGUAUCAAAACUGUUUAUUGAAAGAGCGUGUGAGGAAUCGAACUCACUAAGCUAUUUAUCCUCCCCUAAGAAUGUAGAGAAUUUGACAGACAGCACUCAUAUUGAUCAAGAUAAGUAG